AUGUCCCGGAAGCUUCAUCAUGAAUGUACUCGCGUUCCGAUAACGGCUUUAGCCGAUUGUGGACGUCUUCUCGUCGUCGCUGAAGGACCGUACUUGCGCUUCUAUGAACGCCAAGACAACAGAUACCUUUGGUCGGAACGAGUCUUUGAAGCUCAAGCUAUACAUGGCAUAUCCGAACUUGAACUUGAGAUUGAUAAUGCGCAUCUCAUUGUCUGGGGAGGGUUGCUGGUCCGCACAGUGAAAUUUGGUUUCAGGAACUUCGACGAUGAUGCCCACGUCUACCUGGACAAUUUCCAAGUGUCUAAUGUUGGAAGAGCGCCUGACUGGAUCUUGGACAUCCUUCCAGCGCCUUACUCAUUCGGAGACCCUAAUCCGGUACGAUGUCCGGCGGUAACCGCACACAAUGCACUGCUUGAAAUUAUCCUGCAUCCUCCCACCGAGAUCAAGGACACCAACAAAGUUCCAUUCAUCUCGGUGAGCGAACUGACUUCCGGCUCUCGUUCAAUUCUCUACUCUGCACAUCUAUCGUGGAAUACAGAAGAUCAUGUCAUUCGCGUUGCUGCAGGAACGGCGUUCGGCGAGAUCAUCUACUGGUCGUGGGAUUCAACGCGUGACCAUGAAAGCAGAUCUCGUAUCCACCGCGUCUUCCUAGGCCACGAAGGCUCUAUAUUUGGAGUACACAUCUCUCCCAAGCUUCCCGUUGAUGAUCAGGAAUCAAGGCGGUUGCUCGCAAGCUGUAGCGACGACCGCACAAUACGCAUCUGGGAUGUCAGCGGCGUUUCUGCGGAAGAAGGGGAACCGUUACUUGACGGCGACCUAGAAUUGCAGAGGACAAGGCAUACCGGUUUUAGCAAUGCUUCUUUCGAUACUGCCGUAUCGAACAUCGACUGCGUUGCCAUAGGCUGGGGCCAUACUUCCCGCGUCUGGAAAGCGAGGUUCUUCCAGGACGACUCAUCACCUGGCGAUGUUUUCCUCCUGUCUUCAGGUGAGGAUGCUACGUCACGUACAUGGAGGCUCGUCACCAAAGUUAGUGAUAAAUCUAGUCCGCCGGGAACGCCAAAGUGGCAGCUUGAGCUGGUGGAUACAGCAGCUUAUCACAAUGGCAAAAAUGUCUGGUCCAUGGCUUUGCCGAGCUUGCGUAGCGAUGAGUCCGCCACUCUUGGAGGAGCCGACAGUAAGAUCACACGAUUUGGCCUGAAGACGUACGAGAACAGUCAUCCCAUCAAACAGUCACAGUAUGAUAUCGGCUUCUUUGCAUCUUCUCCAGCGCUCCUCGAGGACAGCACUGCAGUUACAGAGAAAACGGGUCACCGCUCAUCCAAGCAGACCGAAUUUCUCAGAAGCUAUGCAUUCUUAGAUGAAACUACUUUCAUCCUGACUACUAAUUCCGGUAGAGUCUAUCUUGAGACUUUAUCUUCCGUGUUCAGUGCGAAAAUCGAGAGGUCAAUACUACUUGCCCAAGUAGAUGAUCUAGGCGGAUACUCCGUCAGCGUGGGAGAGAGCUCACUCGGUGUAGCUUUCGUUGCUAGUGCGACAGGAACUCUGUACGCAUAUACCAAGGCUACGUCCCGCUUAUCAGAGUUGUAUACUGUCAGCGGCAAGAUUGGUGAAGUCUUCACGGAACAUCCCGUAGAAAUGCCGCAGUCGAAACGAAUAGUUCUGUUGAUUACCCUAGUCGGACAGAAGGUUGCUUACCUGCUUGAGGUCAAUCUUUCGAGGAGCGACGAGCCAACAGUCUUACGUACGACUGUCGUACCGAUAUCAGAUCAAAUCACUGGAAUCGCCAUUACGAGCAUGGUCCAUGCCUACACCGUUGAUGGAAGAUAUGUCUUCAUUGGUUUCCGCCGUGGGUCGAUUGCCGUAUACCGCAUCCCAGAUGAACGCGAUGGAGAAACCGCUCCUGGAUCAGCCAAGCUACUCAGGAUCAUAGAUUCUGUUCACGGUAAAGAGACUGUCACCGCUAUGACCUGGAUAGUCAGUGGAUCGACCACCUCGUCCGGUCAUUUGGUCUCCAUAGGAAGAAACGGCUGCAUGGCCAUCCAUUUCAUCGACCUAGCAAACGACCUCUACCACUCAAUAGUCCAUGAUAUUUCGCUACCUGUCGGCCCUAACAUCGAGGGUCUCUAUAUCCGUGACGGCCAAUUACACGUGUAUGGAUUCUCAAACAAGGAGUUCGUACUAUAUAACACUGCCACCGAAGAAGUUAUUAUGAGUGUCGAAACCGGUGGCGCGCAUCGGAGCUGGGCAUUCCAACCCAACUUCUUCUCACACCGUGGCGGCACUCUUGUUUGGACACGAGCAUCAAGCAUGCAUAUUCACACACAACCCGGGCAGAAUCACGAUGUGAUACGCUCUGGUGGUCACGGACGCGAGAUAAAAGCCGUCGCUGUGUCACCAGUUAUUGCCGCAAACAAAGGCAACAGACAGUUCAUAGCCACCGGCGCCGAAGAUACUGACAUCAAAAUCUUCCAAUACUCCGACAAUCACCUCACCUGCCUUCGCACCCUGCGGAAACACACGACCGGUGUCCAAGCUCUGCAAUGGUCCGCUGACGGCUCAUAUCUCUUUAGCAGCGGCGGUUGCGAAGAGUUUUAUGUCUGGAGGAUAAGUCGUCUGCCGUCUGAAGUGGGCGGCAUAGGCGUGGUGUGCGAAACAAGCUGCCCAACCGAAAGCGAGCACUCCGACCUCCGCAUUAUGUCGUUCGAGGCUAAACGACAUUCGUAUACUGGGUUCAUUUUUAGUAUGGUGUUUUCGAAUUCUACAGUCAAGUUGUACGCGUACGAUACUGCCGAGCCUGAAAAGUGGUUGAAGGUGGCUUCCGGCCACUACUUCACUUCCUGUCUAACACAAUGCGCAUUCCUUCCUUCAGGGAAUAACAUGCCACAUGUGAUCCUUACAGCCGGUACUGACGGACAUGCUGCCCUUUGGCCUUUUGAUCCCUCCCAAGACCGCGAUUCGCUCCCAUAUCAUUCCGUCAUCACACUCCACCAGUCCUCCUCGAAAACUCUGGUUAUACAUCACCUUUCCAAAGCGCAUGCCAAGACGGUCAUGACGCUCAUCGUGAGCGGCGGCGAUGAUGGCACACUAGCCCUCCUCCUCGCCUGCACUAGCUGGAACGGCGUAGAAUGGGCCGGUCCUCCAGUCAUAGUAGUUCGGGCACAUGCUUCAGCUGUGACGGCAUGUGCGGUGCUCACACACAAUGCCCGGACGUUUGUAGUGACAAGUGGGAAUGAUCAAUGGGUGCGUCUAUGGGAACUCAUCAUGUACGAAACCGACGCGGACCUUUUAGAAGGCAAUAAUCGGCCAGCGAUGAAGCACAUCGGUGAGAUCAAGCGCGUUGGAAAGAUCAAGACGAGUGUUGCAGACGUGUCGAGUAUGGCUGUAUUGGAUUCAUCGGAGGAGAAAGAAAUGGAGGACGAGGAGAAAGAAGUAGAAGAGGAAAAGGAAAAGGAAAAGGAAAAGGAAAAGGAAGCUGCGAGGGUGCUCAUUUGUGGCGUUGGCAUGGAGGUUAUCAGGAUAGAGUGGGAGACGAUGUGA